GUGGGGGGGCUCCGGUCCCCCCGGGAGGGUCUUCAAUAUCUCAAGGGCAGGCUUUUUUUUUUGGGUAUUUGGCUCUGCUGCCACUUCCACAGCUUCAAAACGUGCAACUCAGAGAAAGGAGCCUUUGCUGAAACGGGAGUCCUGUGAUGAAAUGUCCCUGGGACAGGGACUACAUGGCCUUCAGGCCAGUGUACCAGGAAGCGGAGAGGGCCGGGCCGCCUCGCGCUCUCUGGCCAUGGCUCCUCACCGCAUCCGCAGGUACCAGGAGAGCGACCGCGAAGGGGUCCUGGAUCUGUUCUGGAAAGGGCUGGAUGAGUACACCUCCCCCACCUUCCACUACCUCCUGAGGCUGCCCCGAGUCCUCGUGCCCCUCCUUGGGGGUCCCCUAGCCCUACUCCUGGUGUCUGGUUCCUGGGUCCUGGCCCUGGUGACCUGCCUCACCCUGCUUGCUGCCCUGAGGUUCAUUGCCAAGUACCCCUGGACCAGCUUUGGAGUCAUAACGUUGAACACAGACAUGUCAGACAUCACCCAAACCUACUUCAGCGAGCGGGGCUCCUGCUUCUGGGUGGUCGAGUGUGAAGGGCAGGUGGUGGGUAUGGUGGGCUGUCUGCCGGCCGAGGAGUCAGCCCUGCACAGGAAGCGCUUGCAACUCUUACACCUGUUCGUGGCCUUGGAGCACCGGGGUCAGGGCAUGGCCAAAGCCCUCACUCGGACUGUCCUCCAGUUUGCUCGGGACCAGGGCUACCAGGAGGUGGCGCUUUCCACUAGCAGGCUGCAGCCAUCGGCGCUUGGCCUCUACCAAGGCCUGGGCUUCCAGGAGACGCACGAGUUUUACUACUCCUGGAUCUGGAGACUCAUCGCCGUUCCUGGGGUUUAUUUUCUCUACCGUUUGAGGCAGCCCAGGGGCCCAUAAGGCGAGGCCUCCGGCUGGCAGGGUGCGCUGGACGUGGUUGUGGCCACCAGCAAGCAUGGAAGUCUGCCGCCAGCACCCAAUAAAAGCUUAUUCCUUGUUGCUCC